ACUACAAUACCCCAAAGCCCCUCAGACAUGUGGGACGUCGGGGCUUUUCUUACGGCACUCAUCAGGUAAAAUAAAACUGCCCUCACAACUGCCAGAGUAAUGUUUUGGUACUGCCAUUAGCUCAAGGCAAGGACAAGCACAACAUGGGAGACUGCAGUAAAGCUGUCCACUUGUCAGACCCACAGCUUUUUGACGGAUACUUUGAGAAGCUACUGUGUGAGUUGACAGAGCAGGAUUUCACAGACCCAGUACUUGCUGAUGCUCUCAAGAGGCUCCGAGAGGUACUGCAGUACAAUGCCACAGGAGGCAAGAGGAACCGUGGCUUGUCUGUGAUUGGCUCACUGCGUGAGUUGGUCCCGCCCUCCAAGCUAUCACCUGAUGAAGUGGAGCGUGCCCUGUUGGUUGGAUGGUGCAUUGAACUGCUGCAAGCUUUCUUCUUGGUAGCAGAUGAUAUAAUGGAUGCAUCUUUAACACGGAGAGGUCAGCCAUGCUGGUAUAAGAAGGAAGGCAUUGGCCUGGAUGCUAUUAAUGACGCUUUUCUCCUGGAGGGGUCCAUCUACCGCCUGCUGCGUAGGCAUUGCAGAAGGCAGCCCUACUAUGUCCAUUUGUUGGAGCUUUUUACUGAGACAUCGUUCCAGACAGAGCUGGGGCAAGCCCUCGAUCUGAUGACUGCUCCCCCAAACAAGAUCGACUUAAACCGUUUUACCAUGGACAGGUAUAAAGCCAUAGUGAAGUACAAGACUGCAUUCUACUCUUUUUAUCUUCCAGUGGCCGCAGCCAUGUACAUGGCAGGAAUUGACAGUGAAGUGGAACACAACAAUGCUAAACACAUCUUGCUUGAAAUGGGGGAGUUCUUUCAGAUUCAGGAUGAUUACUUGGAUUGCUAUGGUGACCCUGCAGUAACAGGCAAGAUUGGCACUGACAUCCAGGACAACAAGUGCAGCUGGCUUGUGGUGACAGCACUGAGGGUGAUGACCCCUGAGCAGAGGGUGGAGCUAGAGGCAUGCUACGGCCGGAGUGAUGCUGAGAGUGUGGAGCGAGUGAAGGCACUGUACGACACUCUGGAAAUGCCUCUCCGAUACCACCAGUACGAGGAAGAGAGCUACCUGCGACUCCAAAACCUCAUCCAGCGGCAUGCUCAAAACCUUCCCCAUGCUGUUUUUCUUAACUUUGCCAAGAAAAUCUAUAAAAGGAACAAAUGAGGCAUGUUUUUUUUUUUUUGCAAGAGCAUGGAAAAGUAUGUAAAGUAUGUUUAGUGCAAUACAGCAAAAAAAGGAACGUAGUGCAUUUGAUCAGUGGUGUAAAUAUGUUCUCAAGAAUAUAGACAUGUAUAUCUUAAAAACUUUAGAAAUGUGUUUUUUUUUGUUUUUUUUCCCAAACAUAUAUUGGACUUUGAGACAGCCCAAAAUGAAAUGAGAUGUUUUGAGAGAUGUAUUUCAAUCUAGAAAGAAGCUGGACUAAUAUUCAAACUGUCAGUUGUUAUCAGCUCUGAUAGCUGGAAUGUUACACUUGUAAAUUGUCCAAACCAAAUAAUUUAAUUGUAUUUUUUAUAGAAUUAUAGUUGUUCAUUCAGUAAGAGAAACAGCAGUCCUGUGCAAAUGGAAUUGAUGAAAUGUAGCUUUUCAUACUUUUCAUAAUAUAUUUCAGUUUAAGGCAGAGGGAAACAAAAUGUUGGUCAUCAGGCAGUGAUUGGUACCGAUCUGAUCCGUCACUCUGUUCUCCUCAGUGGGUUCUUUAUUUGGCAGUGUGCAUUGUUUAAAGACUAAACAACUAUCAUCCACUUUCUGAAACUCGAAGUAGAAAUCUAAACUGUUCAUCUGUUUACCAACCUGUUUUUCUGCCAAAGAAAAUGUCAGUGGUAGGAUAAAUAGAUCUUUCUGGUGGGAACUGCUUAAAAUAAGCAAAUCAGAAAUGAAUUACUGUGAAAACUACUUUUUAAAGUAGUGGUAUUUUUAAUAUACACCUGAAAUGGUGCUGUGUUUCAAAUCCCAGCCACUUACUGUCAACCUGGAUGAUAUCAAUAAAAAAGAGGGUUACAUGA